UGAAUAAAGCAUACAAAUGUCGAGCUCGGAAACAGAAGAUGUAAAUAUCGGCAAUAUUUUAACAUCUUUGGAUACUACAUUCAUCAACAAUGCAAUGUUCAAAAGUUUUUCAGAGACGAAUGAAAAUAAAUUUAUGGUGAGAAGCACCGAUGCCAGUCAUAGCCAUCAAAUUAAUACAGAAAAAGAAAACAAAAAUGAAAAUUUUAGUCCUGGGUGCAGCAGAUCUAAUCGAUUUUUGAUUUGUAAUGACGUAUUUGAAAGUGAUCUCAAUCCUUCAACAUCGGUGAAGAAUUUUAUUGGUAAAAAGUUAUCGUCAAUUAUAGAUAAUAAAGUCGAGUUUGUUGAUGUUGAUUGCGGCAAAUUGAAUGAAACGAGCUCAGAUCUUCAUCGUAUACAACUUCUAAGAGAUUUUUAUGUUUCCAUACAUGAUCUACCAGAAGACGAAACGGAUCGAUGCUACCAAAUAUCGCGUCAACUAGUCAAAGCCAAUGUCAAUGAUGAUAUUGAGGCAAAUAUUCAACUGGCUGCCGUUGAUGCAAAUCACAUAGUUCGCGAAUCGUUGCAACGCUGGUCAAAUAGACCAAAUAGGGUUUAUACAUAUGUAGGUUGUAAGUCCAAUCUCAUUUUGAAGGAUCCUGUGAAUGAGUUCACAGUUAUGAGGCAAAAUAAUUUGUGGAACGAGUCGAAAAUAUCGUCCUUUCGAAAAAGAUGCACGAAAUAAUAUGGUAAUCUAUAAAGCUCAAGAACCAAACGAUACUUUGAAUCUAUCACUUAAA